UUCAGCCGGAUACUGUUCACAUCACAUUUUUUUGUUUGCAACACCAAGUGCCUUAGUAUUUGCCGAACCGUCGGGGAAACUGUAUGUUUUUGAUUUACGCGUAAUUUUCUAAACGAUUUAUUUAAUUUUUAUUUUAUAUGGACAAUGAAUUGUGAAAGUUUGAGUUGUGAAUUAUAGUAUAGUAUACAAAUAUUCUAUGGUGAUUUUUUUGUGAGAAGUUGGUGAAAUAAAUUUCGGUGCAUUGUUUUGGUUCCAUUGAAGUCUAGUCUAUUGAUUUAUCGUAAGCCAGUGACCUGUUUUUCGUAUUUGUUAUGUGAAUCUCGUAAAUAAUUAAUAGUAACCGUAGAGGGCAGUGUCCUUAACCGAAGAACUAAUUAAUGCGCUACUGCUACAGUCAUGACUGCGGCGGAAUAUCUGUUAUGAUUAAUGUAAUAUUGCAGUUUAAUUUAACUGAAUAGUUAGGAUUUUUAUUCGUUAUGGUGUGUUGCCCACAAUGAUGACGCCUGUCGACGAAAAGAAAGAUGAAAAGAUCCGCACAGGCAUGGUGCAAGUGUCGGAUGGUAAAUCACGGCCGAGGCCCGCCCGCCUGGUGCUCGCGAUGGAGGCGGUGACAGUACAGCGCGAGGUGGUCAUACCUCCCCAACCGCCGCGCGAUAAGAGCGUGCCCCACGCUAGAGAGCGAAUGGUCCAAUUAACUCGUCAAAAAGUGGGUGGUCUCGGAUUGAGUAUAAAGGGUGGCUCUGAACACAAGCUUCCCAUCCUCAUAUCGAAGAUAUACAAGGACCAAGCGGCUGACCAGACCGGGCAGCUGUUUGUCGGAGACGCAGUUAUUAAAGUUAACGGCGAGUACAUAACAGCCUGCAAGCACGACGACGCAGUCAACAUCCUCCGGAACGCCGGCGACAUCGUGGUUUUAACUGUUAAGCACUAUCGAGCCGCCACGCCCUUUCUGCAGAAGCAAGCGGACGCAGCCUCCGAUACUGACAGCAGUACGGGCGACGAGCACCCCUCGCUGCACAACAAGGUGGAUGCCAACUGCAACUCCGAGCGGCCGGCCGACACCAAUGGAGGGUGGCAGAGCGCGUGGGGCUCGGCCGAGGAGGGCAGCCGGCCCGGCAGCGCGGCGGGCUCGGCGCGCGGCUCGCGCCCCGCCUCCGCCGCCUCCGCCGCGUCCGAGCGCGCGCCCGACGGCUGCAAGGAGUGGGUCGACGUCGUCUCCGUACCUCUUAUGAUGGGUUACGUAACGCGGUACGUGUUCGGUACAGACAAGUUAAGGCCGGGCGCCUUCGAGGUGCGCGGCGCGCGGCCGCAGCUGUCGACGGGCGUGGUGCACGUGGACGAGCCCGCCGCGCUGUCGCACUGGCUCAAGAGCAUCUCCGACAACAUCAUGGGCCUCACCAACCUGCAGAUGAAGCUGUUCAACCGGCACCUGGCGGGCGGCGAGCGCAUCGAGUACAUGGGCUGGGUGCACGAGGGACUGGUGUCGGGCGCGCAGCCGUGGCAGACCUACCGGCCGCGCUUCCUCGUGCUCAAGGGCACCGACGUCAUGCUGUUCGACGUGCCGCCGACGAGCCUGGCCGAGCUGGGCAAGUGUCCGGAGACGCUGAAGGUGUACCAGAGCAUGUUCCGCACGGUGAAGGAGAGCGAGACGGUGGACUGGCGCCAGCACUGCUUCCUGGUGCAGAGCAGCUGCAGCCUCCCGGCGGCCGCGGCGCCGCGCUACUUCAGCGCCGACACGCGCCACGAGCUGCUGCGCCUCGAGGCCGCCUGGACCAACACCGUCGUCAGCUGCGUCGUGCGCCUCGGGAAAAAAACGUUCACGGUGGUGCACAUGGGCCGAGCGGCGGGCUUGACCUUGGACUGGUCAUCGGGGUUCUCGCUAAGCGAGGGAACGCCGGGCGCGCCGCCCGUGUGGUCUUACAGAUUUUCGCAACUUCGAGGAUCGAGUGACGACGGAAAAUCAAAGUUGAAACUACACUUUCAAGAUACGGAGACUAAAGUUAUUGAAACUAAGGAAUUGGAAUGUCAAAUCCUGCAGAGUCUGUUAUUCUGUAUGCACGCCUUCCUCACCGCCAAGGUAGCGUCCGUCGACCCGGCGUUUCUCGCCUCCAUACAGCAGGCCAACUGAUUUGCGGUAUAAGACUCAUUUACUACUCUUCGUGGAUUAUGUAAAGAAUUUGCAAAG